CCUUCCUUGCAUACCGUGAUGAUGUGAUGCAACUUGCAAGCGGAACGGCUCUCCCUGCACACAGGUCUACGUCCGCCUGCCUGCCUCCAACCCAACAUUCAACACCGACCCGCCAAAACCUCGCACAAACCGCAACGUCCGAUCCACGUGUUCGCGACUUCAUUCCCUUUUCGGUCCCCUACGCCGGCAUUCAUCGAUAUCUCUACCUGCCGCGAGCGCGUGCAUUCACAGCAGGCCUGGUCGUAGCGCGCAGUAGCAAAUCCCAUAUCCUUGUCCGAGAGAGAGGAGAGCAGCAACGACGACGACGACAUGGCUUUCUUUAAUGACCAGCAAAAGGAGGAGACCACGGAUGAUGAGGUGCAGGCUGAGUACGUGGCGGGCGAUCAAAGGCUGGCCCUGAUGCGGUCGUUCGAGACAAGGCUGUGGGAGCUGGACGUACAGGUCCAAGGCAUCAAGUGUAUCGGGUUCGGACAAGGGCAGGCGGCCCCCCCUAGCGAGGUCAUUCAGAGGUGCUCCGACGUGGGCGUUUCUGUUGCCCAGGAGAACCCGGGGGGCUUUGCCGCUCUUUCCCCGUGGCCCGUGUCUUGUCCGCUGCUCCUCGCGGAGUCCGUCGGAAGCCACUUCUUACGCCUUUACCUGGUGACGGCGGACGGCGGGCACGAGGUCCGGUCCUUGCUGUUUUUGUCCCCGAUCACGACCCACGACUUCGACACUCUUAUUCAUUUCAUGCUUGGCAUGCGCCAGUGGUGUGGUUAGUCAAAUGAGUGGUGAUGGUCCGGUUCCCGGGUUGGUUGAGCGUUGCGACAGUAGUAGUCCCCCGCCGCCGGGGGUCGUAGACGUGCUGUGGGGAAGAGAAUCCUUCAAUAUCGAUCUGUACGCUUCAUUUCAAAGGUUCCUGGUGUUUUCUCUGCAGCUGUAGCAGCUGCCCUCCCUGAGAACCUGUAUGUUGGAGGUCCCGGGGGUGGCGAUGGUUGCCAAAGCCUUGACAAACUUUUGGCGAGGAAAUUCUCCUCUUUCUCUCGUGGUCGAGGUUCAGAGUAUGGUAACGUUGGACUUGAUGUAACUUGCUCGGAGUAUUUCCAGAAACUCGCAAUACUUCUUUCCAAGGAGCACGGAUUUUUUCGGAGAAGGGCGAGGCCGUAGCGCUGUAGGUUGCAUUGCCAGAUGGUGGUGUGUUGUCGGUGCCCUUGGUGCUUGUAUUUCUUUUGUACACAUCAAGUGAGGUAGAAAACAAGCGUGCAUAUUUCUAUUCUAGCCUUCUUUGCGGGUUGUGGAUGAUGGGUGAUUUUUUUUGUAAAUACGGUGUCGCGUGCUUGCUGCGCUUGACAGCUCUAGACUACAUAGGUUUCGGGCUACCAGCCAACACAAGCACCACUUAAGUUUGAGGGCACACGAAGGUUGGUAGAGCUACGUAGAGAGAUGCGGCCCACAUCAAUUUCACGUGCGAGCGAAGAAAAUAUGGUACUUCGUAUCUGCGCCCAGCCCUUUGUGCAGGCUGGGGGAAGGGGAAGGGAGGGGGGAGGUGUACUCAUAGUCGUGCAUGCCGUAGUCGUUAGACCAUGGACCUCGCAUCGUUACUAGUCUAAGCCGGCACGGAGCACGCCGGGGUCUCGACGUACCAGGCUAGCACAUCACCAAGGGGGCUGGGGGGGGUAAUUAUGCCAGGAGGGUUGUCGUCCCAUUUUACUUGGAGGAUACAAACAUGCGCGCUGUUGGUUGCCUGAACGCUCUCGGCCCGGUAUGUUGAGAAUUUCCUGCUGAACGCUGCAUUUGCAUGCUUUUUUAUGUUGUCAAACUCGAAAUCAAGAGUGGUCCAUUCCCCUGUUGUUCUCGGCCGUAGCCCCUCUUAAAGGAGCCCCAUGUGCAGUAACAACGCAAGGGUGAGGCGGUGACGUUGCUCUUCAGCGUUCCGUUGUCGGGACACGGUCGGUGGAAGAAAGUACACAAACAAAUCGACCCUACAUGUUUUAACUUCACACACUGAGGACACCGGAGAAGAAGGGAGAACGCCUAGGGAGACUUGCGUUGGGUGCGGCAGUAGAGCCCACCCGGUGGAUACUUGCCGCAUCUAUUCCCAAAACCACCUCGCUACAUGCAACGCUGUCAGAAAUCUAUGGGUCGAAAGCGGGGUGGUUUGGACCGGCGAAGAUGUUGCUCCUCUCCUUUUUUUGUACUGCUAUUUUCUGGUGUUUUGGUUGGCGAGAGAUCGGUGAUUCCGUCAAGAUUUUGAAAGGGUUUUCUUGUUUCACAUUGGAUUAGUGCGUGGGGUUAACGAUGUCUUUUGGCCGGCUUUUAAGGGGUCUCGUCAAGGGGGGCGCAUCCUGCAGCCCAACCCAGGAUGGUUUUCGGCUAUUUUUCAGGAUGGAGGGAAGGGCAAAAAGCGUUGAAAGCCAGAUGGCGCUCAGGUUUGUGUCCCUGGGGGAUUUUAGGGCCGGUAGGUGUCCACCAACUCAACGGAUUCGGACGAAAUUAUUCUGUACCCCGGACUGUGUUGUUUGCCAGGUAUGGCUUUUCCCGGAGAACGCUUUGAGCGAGUUGUUGUCUGCCGAAUCAUUGUCCUUCCCCGUAUGCGUCCCGGAGCAUCGCGGACUAGAACGUAGAAGGCUCACCAACUUGAAAUUGCAGUCGUGGGUGAUGAUCGAUCUAUCUGAGUGUCCUGCAAAGAUCAGGGGGGUCACGUCCGAAUCGUGGCAGUUUGGGUUCGUUCAGGGCCAACCAAGUGCCGCUUCGGGGGGUCAUCUCGGAGUACAUGCUUGCGUGAGUGGUCGCUUUGUCGCGAAAUUUGUUCAUUCAGACACACCAUGUAGAUUGUUCCUCUUGUCGGUGCCGUGAGGGAGACACUCGGAAUUUGUGAUUUUUUCAUGAUGAGAGCUGGCACUAAAAAAUGGUAACUCUGAGAAAGUGCCAUGUUUUGAGGGGGUAGGAUUCUCUUUAAGCUUCUGAUGGUGGGAAUUCGUUGUCACCUCGAAGAGCAUGGAAGGGGAGGAGCUGGAAAGAGACAAGAGUCAGAACGAGUUUUAGUGCCAGGACAACAGCGACGACGACAACUAAAGCGUCGACUUUGCUUGGGGUGCCAAGACUCAAUAUUUGCGCGUGAAGAACAAAGUGUGGGUUGGGUGCGAAUCUUGUUUUCACCUUGUGGGCUGUACAAAGUCAGAGGGAAAGAUGGUGGUGCAUUCGGUCGUAGGGUGUCGAUUGUUUGUCUUCCCGCAGGCAGAUUGGAAAGACAUCGAUUUCUUCCAAGGGGAGGCGAGGCCAACGUAUCGUUGCUUUUCUAUGCGGCAGCAUUCCGAUGCCGCUGCUAGCCAGUACUUCUCCAAAUAGAAGAACCACGGAUGAGUCCAUUGAUGCGACUGUAUACGCAGUUUAGUGGUCCUUCUUAGAAAUGUGCGC